UCCCUUUCCCUUUCACUGUAUCAGGACAAACACGCAAGCAACAACAAUGGCGAUAAGGUCGCUGUUUAGUCACACUCGUGACUGUUUGUGAUUUUCUCUGGUGGUGGUGGUGGAUGCAAUUCGCGAGCAAAUCGUUAUCUGAUUCAUUUAUUCGGUCACAUCGUCUUUUUCUUUCCUUCCCUCUCCAAAAUCAUCUUGUCUGGUUCUCCUUUUUCCGCUUUGAGACCUUACCUUUUUCUAUUGGUCACACGGAUUGGAAUUUCGAUUUGUGUCAAUUUUUUUUUCCCCAUCUUUGUUUCGUGUGUAUAUGGAGAGGGAAGUAGGUAUUGGAAGUUUUAGACUCGUGGUCUGUCCUGCAUUUGGGUUAAAUCUUAAGAUGCGUAUUUUGUUGUGAGAAUCCAAAGAUUUAUCUUUACAAUUUUGGAGAGGAAAAUGAAGGAUUUCCCUGGGACGCCUGGAACUCUCACUGGGUUGUUUCUGAGGAUUUCACAAUGCAUUUUUGCUGUAGGGUCAAUUGCUUCCAUGGCUACCACACCAAGCUUCUUUAGCUUCACGGCUUUUUGUUACUUGCUAGCUUCAAUGGGUUUACAAGUCAUUUGGAGUUUUGUGCUUGCCUUGUUGGAUGCAUAUGCUUGGAUGAGAAAGAAGGUCCUCCACAAUGCCGUACUGGUUAGCCUCUUUGUAGUUGGAGAUUGGAUAACAUCAACAUUAUCCUUAGCAGCAGCUUCUGCUUCAGCAGGCGUUACAGUUUUGUACUUCAAUGAUUUGGGACACUGCAAUUUUGGAGAGGAAUGCCAAAAGUACCAGAUUUCAGUUGCUUUUGCUUUCAUGAGCUGGAUAACAAUUUUAAUAUCCUCUUUAAUUAUGCUUUGGCUAUUGGCUUCUGGGUAGCAGGCUCGAUAUUUCACCAGAGUUCCCUUGUCUAAACAAAAGAAAUUGAAAUUCUUCUUCAAUUUUUUGUUUUCUUCUGAUCAUAUCAGCACGAAGGCAAAUAGAUCGUUUCACUCUACAUCCAUAUUGGGCUAGUUAGCAACGUUUGUAUGAGGAAAAGGUGGAAUGUAUAGGUGUUUUUCAUGAUUUACGAAAGUUUCAUGUUGAUUUACAAAGGCACAGGCUGCAAUUGGUUUGCUGAUAGAUGUUCUUGUUUCUAUGCAUCUUUCUUUUGGCCCCCU